CAUAGGAAAUAGGAAGUAAUUACGUGGAAGAACAAAUUGAUUUUGUCACUAUAAGUAGCCUGUUUUGGGAUCGUAUCCUAGAGGCUUCUUUCAGCACGAAAUUUCAGCUUGAGUUUCAAAUUGCAAGGAAAACAGCGUCGAUUUUUCCUUAAUACCAUUGAAAAUGAAGGGAAUUAAAAGCAAAAUGCUCUCAAGGGGUAAAACCCAGGACUCGCAAAAGUCUAGCAAAAAGAAAGAAAGUAAAAAGUCUUCUUCUAACGAAUCUUCAAAAUCUUCUUCUAAAGAGUCAUCACCUGUUGAAUCUACCAACAACGUUAUGGGUGCUCAGAAUGAUUAUCUUUCAGUCCCAAAGCACUCAAAUAAAAAGGUUCCGAUUGAUACGACUCCUACUCCUAGAGACGAAAUUUUGCUAGAGAAUGUUCGAACUGUACGAAAGCAAAGAUCUUCUUUAUACCACAUAUCUGAAAAUCGAAUGCUCGUUCGUCUUCCUUCUUUUUCAGAUGUCCCUAUCACUGCAUGGCAUUCAUUGGCCUUGGAAAAAUUAGAACAAUGCUGUGUUUUAUUCGACUUUAAUGAUCCGUCGACCGACCUUUAUGGCAAGGAGGUGAAGCGCGAGGCUCUACAGGAUUUGAUAGAUUUGGUUUCUGUUCGGAAAGAAGCAAUAGAUGAGUCAUUAUAUCCCUCCAUUGUACAUAUGUUCUCCGUUAAUGUUUUUCGCCCUUUACCACCUCCUUCAAAUCCCCUCGGUGAAGUAGUUGAUUUAGAAGAAGAUGAACCUGCGUUAGAAGUGGCUUGGCCUCAUUUACACCUUGUUUAUGACUUUUUUUUGAGGUUUUUUGAGUCGCCGUCACUGAACACUUCUAUCGCAAAAGUAUAUAUCAACCAAAAAUUUAUUCGUAAACUACUUGUUUUGUUUGACAGCGAAGAUCCUCGUGAAAGGGAUUUCUUGAAAACUAUUCUUCAUAGAAUUUACGGAAAGUUUCUUUCGUUGCGGGCUUUUAUUCGAAGGUCUAUUAAUAAUCUAUUCCUUCAGUAUAUUUACGAAAAUGAGCAAUUUAGCGGAAUUGCUGAACUCCUUGAAAUCCUGGGUAGCAUUAUCAAUGGGUUUGCACUUCCAUUGAAAGAAGAACACAAGGUUUUCUUAUCUCGUGUCUUGAUCCCUAUGCAUAAGGCAAAGUCUCUCGCCCUUUAUUAUCCACAGAUUGCUUAUGGUAUCGUGCAGUUUGUGGAAAAGGAUUCCUCUGUAACCGAAGAGGUUAUUCUUGGUCUUCUUCGAUACUGGCCAAAGGUCAACAGUGGGAAAGAAGUUUUGUUUCUGAAUGAAUUGGAAGAUAUUGUUGAAGUAAUGGAGCCAUCUGAAUUUCUCAAAAUACAAAUACCGCUAUUUCAAAAGUUGGCUUCUUGUAUAUCUAGCCAAAAUUUUCAAGUUGCCGAGCGUGCUUUAUAUUUCUUCAACAACGAUUAUUUCGUACAUUUGGUCGAAGAAAACGUAGACGUCAUUUUGCCUAUUAUAUAUCCCGCUCUCUUUGAAAUAUCGAAAAGCCAUUGGAAUAGGGUUAUCAAUUCAAUGGUUUGUAAUGUUUUGAAACUGUUUAUGGAUAUAAACUCCUCUUUGUUCGACGAAGUUGAUACAGAAUACUCCGUCGCCAUAAAUAGAAAGGAAAAGGAAGAACAAGAAAGGAAAGAAAGGUGGCUUAUCCUUGAGUCUAUUGCGAUUGAAAAUGCCUCUAAAAUGAACAUAUCGAAAAAUACAUCUGUACAAACAACUACGGAACAAUUAAAAAAGAUAUCUAUCGAAACUCCAGACGAUUAGGCCUUUUGCAUUACUAAUAAUGAUUCAUAUUAUGCUACAACUUAUUUCUUUUCCACAUCUAAUGAAUAUGAUGCAAUUUUGCACCUAAUAAUUGCCUAAAUUUAACCAUAAUUAGUUUCAUUAUCUUUUCUUUUUUCUUUAUUUUUCAAUUAGAUUAAUUGUUAGUAUUUUUGUCCCUCUGCUGGUGUAGGCGAACUUUAUAACCUCUCUUAGAUGAUUGCCCAGUUCAUAUGUUUACAAUCCAAGUAAUACAACCC